GAUUCCUCUUUGGCCUUUGGCAGAAGAAACAGAGUAUCUGCCCUGAUUUUUGUUUGCAACGUGGAAAGUAAAUAUUUAAACAUCAACUCUUAAGCUUUCGGCAGUCAAAAAGAGAGUAUUUCUUCUUACCCUGACAGACUGAAUUCCAAAUAUUUAAUGAGUUUCUGACAUUUGAAAUAGAUGAAGAAAUGGGUGAGAGUAUUAUUGAUAUCAAAGAAGAGGUACAUAUUACCCAUGAUGAUUCUGAAGAAAAAUUUGGAGUUAUAGACGUUAUUGAGCAAUUCAUAGAUGAAAAAGAAGUUUACGUAAGGGAAAAUUAUUUAAUUAAGAAGGAAGAUGGAACGCCCAAUUAUCAUUCCACCUCUAUUACUAAAGAAAUCCCCCAAGUAUUAGAUCCACUGAUUAAUAACUCCGAAUCUGUUCACUUAAAGCAGUAUGAAUGUUAUAAAAGUCACAUGGGGGAUAAUGCAGAUAUGGAAGGUGAAGAAAAUGAUUAUUCUUCCAGUCCAAAAGAUCAUAAGAUAGAAAGUGAAAAAUCUGCUAAUUACAAUAUAAAGAAACACAAGUGUGACUUAUGUGAUUAUAUUACAAAAAGAAAGGACAUCCUUCAAAAGCAUGUGGAUAUUGUUCAUUUUAAUAUCAAGAAACUCCAGUGUAAUUUAUGCGAGUAUGUGACAAGUAGGAAAGUGUAUCUUCAAAAUCAUAUGGAUUCUGUUCAUUUAAAUAUCAAGAAGUACAAGUGUCACUUAUGUGAAUAUGCAGUGAAUAUAAAAAGUUGCCUUCAAAUUCACAUUAAGUCCGUUCAUUUGAAAAUUAAGGAUCACACGUGUCAUCUUUGCCAGUUUGUUACAAGUAGAAAAGGUUGCCUUCAGAAACAUAUCGAAACAAUUCAUUUAAAUAUCAAGGAUCAUAAGUGUCAUCUAUGUGAAUAUGCUGCGGCUAAACAAAAGGACCUUGAAACACAUAUUAAAUGCGUCCAUUUAAAUAUCAAGGAACACAAGUGCCUCUUGUGCGAAUAUGCUGCUAGUGAAAAACAAAGCCUCGAUAUUCACGUAAAAUCUGUUCAUUUGAAAAUUAAGGAUUACCAAUGUGACCACUGCGAGUACGUUUCAAGUAGAAAGAGCGCCCUGCGAACGCACAUCAACUCUGUUCAUUUAAAAAUUAGGCAACACAGGUGUCACUUGUGCGGAUAUGCUGCGAGCGAGAAAAAAGGCCUUGAGGCACAUGUGAAAUCUGUUCAUUUUAAAAUUAAGGAACACAAGUGUCACUUAUGUGAGUUUGCUGCGAGUGCAAAACAAAAACUUGAUGAACACAUUAAAUCUGUUCAUUUGAAAAUUAAGGAUUUCAAGUGUCAACAUUGUGAUUAUGAUACAAGUAUAAAAUCUCAACUUCAAAGACACAUCAACAUUGUCCAUUUAAAUAUCAAGAAACACAGGUGCCACAUGUGUGAAUAUGCUGCUAAUAAGAAAUGUUAUCUUGAAAAACAUUUGAAAUCAGUCCAUUUCAGUUAAUUUUCAGUUGUAUAGUACUUUUUUGAUGACCCUAUGUUAAUGUCAAUAAAAAUAAUUAUCAUCA